ACCAGCUGGCAGUCUCUCAAUUGCAAAUCUGAGCGAUUACCAUACUUUAAAACACAGCUCAUUAAAUUCAGGUUAUAUCUUUUUUUUUUCUUUUUAGUAUUCCCUUUCACAGUUGAGGUUUUUUGGGUCAAAAGCCACUAUGUGGAAUGUGGACAAACUCUCAGGAGCUUUUCACCUUAGGGAUUCGCAACUUCCACCUCCCAGCUUGUGAAUGUUUAUCUUUUCUUUUUGACGACUUCAAUCAAUCUUCAAUCUUGACUUGAGGCAGCAUGCCAAAGGGAAGCGGCAGAUGACGUGGGGGAGUUCGUUCAGGAGUGGGUGAAACUUGAGGCUACAGCGGUUCACCGAGCUCUCUACCUGUUUCCUCCCUUCCCUUCCUCUCCUCCUCUGCUCGGCUCUGCUGCGUCGGCCAGGCUGCACAGCCUCCCCCAGGCUCCCAGCAGGAUGGGCUCCAUGAGGACACCCGGAGCUGCAGCUGCAACCUGGAAAGCCACAAUUUUCCUCUUCCACAUAAUCUCAGCUGUCGCAUCAAAAAGACACGUGGUUUAUUGGAACUCUACAAACGCAAGGUUAACAGCGGGAGAUCUGUCCAUUCAGCUGAGUCUCAACGAUUACUUGGACAUCUACUGCCCCCACUACCCGGACAAGGGCAGCCCGGGCUCGGAGCAGCCCGAGGUGCUGGCCCUCUACCUGGUGGCCGAGCCGUCCUUCCAGGGCUGCGUGGAGACCAGGGGGGCCAUCAAGAGGUGGGAGUGUAACACUCCCUUCCAUCCGUUCGGACCGGUCCGCUUCUCUGAGAAGAUCCAAAGGUUCACUCCCUUCUCGCUGGGCUUUGAGUUUCUGCCAGGGAGACACUACUAUUACAGCUCUCUACCCACAGAUGAAGGCCCUCCUCUGCCAUGUAUGAAGCUGCGUGUCACGGUGUGCUGUGAGCCCACUUCAGAGGGUUCAAAACAAAUACAAGUAACACGUCCUCUUAAUAAGGUUUCAUCCUUGAGGACAGCUUCCCUUCCUCUCCCCCUCCUCAUCCUCCUCUUGCUGAUUACCUGAUUGGUCCAUCUUCAUCGUGGACCUGUUCAACGUGGGAGCAAUCGCAACAGACAUUCAAGUGCACAACGCUAUCUGAGCUAGGACAACAAAUGAUGCAAUGCAAUCCAAGUUACAAGGAGCCGUUGCAAACGACAAACUUUGACUUGUGGUGGUUUACCUGUGAAAUUCCAGAAAGAGUUGUUUUUCUUCGGAACGAGGCUACGGUGACUCAGGGACUGGCAUGUUGAAUCACAGUGAUCCAUUUCUUGUUUUGUUUUUUUGUAGCAGGAUGUAAGACAAAUCAUAUUCCAGUCUGAGUGAGCAGGACGUGUUGCAACACAGUUUUUGGGGUUUUUUUGUUGUUUUUUUUUUAAUGUAGUCUCCUCUUUGCUUCGCAUUUUGAGUUUAAAUUUCAGCUUAUCGUGUUGUAUUUUCCUCUUUUUGAGGACCUGCCUCCAUUUGAAAAGUGGCCAAAUAAACGCAUACUACUGUAUUAAGUCGCUCAGGUUGAUAGUGCACGAGUUAGCGGGUGACUCCAAUGUUUUUUGUCUUUUUCCUCAUCAUGCUGUACAUGGACACAAUAAUUUUGACUGCCUCAUUUGCAUGCGAACAAGAUAAAUGUGUUUCCCUUCUUUUAUCUCUAAUCAUAUUUGUAAAAUUAAAAGCAUGUUGGAAGGAAAUGGGGACGUAUUAGAGUAAUGAGGCUGGGCAGCUGCGCCCCCUGCUGGGUUUAUACUGGUCAUACUGGAGCUGAACUGGUUUGGCCAUAAACCCAGAAACUGGAUGUGUUUCUUCAGUAAUGAUGAGACCUGAGCAUACGUUUGUCCUUUUGAACUGGAAACUGCAUUCUUCCACUUUUUCACCAUUCUCCCCACACAGUGCUGAACAACAGGGCUUAUGGGUAAACUGAUCACACUGCUAAGGCUGAUUGGUUGAUUCUGCUGUUAAUUUGUUCGGUUUGUGUACAAACCUUGUGCUAUUUUACACAGAAUUUAUGAUUUUUAGGUUGCAUGUGUAGGCGAUAUUGUAUAAAAGUAAGAUAUAUUCAUUUAUUUGCUAUAGCAAAAAUUAAUAUUUUUCUUAAUUGCAAAGUGUGCGUGUGUUUAUAGAUAUCAUUUAAACGGAGACAUGCAAAAUAUUUUGAGAAAUUAUACUCCAACCUUACAUAAUUCAGUGAACUGUAAGUUCAGCUGUUAAUAUUUGGUUUUAUAUUUAAAUUUAUAACAUUGAUGUUUAAUUGUCCUUGAAAUUAAUUAAGCUAAUAUUUUCUAUGAUGUUACACCAUUAUUUUCUCUCACUAUUUGAAUUACCUGUGUUAAGAAACUAAAGGUUGAAUCUGAAAUGUAUUCUUGCUUUAAAAUGUGUUGGCACUUACACUUUUUUUUUUAAUAUAUAUAUUUGGAUGUCAAAAUGCUGUAAAUCAAUCCACUCCUGUUGUAUUUUCUUAAUUUCCAAAAUGGAUGAUGAUCAAACCAAUGGCUUAAGUUUUUUAAAUGGUUAUGUUCAGUCAUGUAGUAUUUUAGUUGUGUAGGGAUAAGAUUUUAUUGCUUUUUUGUUUUUUUUUGUCUGUGUAUACAUGUUUCUGCUUUCACAUUUUUGUGAAGAAUGUAGCUUCUUCUGUGAAGAGCCAACUGCAAUCUGAGCCUUUUUUACCUGGCAGGACAACAAAAUAAAUGAUUGCCUUCAGAUGCUUUGA